GGCCGCGGUGACGCGCGCGGAAGCGCUUUGGGGACCCUCGGAAGCCGCCCGGGCAGCAGAGAGGCUGCGCCCACAGCCUGGCACCCCGACGGGAGGGUCUCGGGAUCGUUCCGAGCGGGCUGAACCCCUUAGGCCCCAAGCGGCCGCAUGAGUCGGGGGACCAUGCCUCAGCCCGUAGCCUGGCCGGGCACGAGCUGUGCCGAGACACCGGCGCGGGAGGCUGAGGCCGCCACGCAGGAGUGCGGGAAGGCGGCGGCCGGCGGGCAGCCGCAGUCCGAGAUGCGGUUCCCGGCCGAGCAUGAGGAGGACAUGUACCGUGCUGCAGAUGAAAUAGAAAAGGAGAAAGAAUUGCUUAUACAUGAAAGAGGGGCAUCAGAACCAAGAUUAAGUGUAGCUCCUGAAAUGGAUAUCAUGGACUACUGCAAAAAAGAAUGGAGGGGAAAUACACAGAAAGCAACAUGUAUGAAAAAGGGCUAUGAGGAGGUUUCUCAGAAGUUCACCUCCAUACGGAGAGUCCGUGGUGAUAAUUACUGUGCACUGAGGGCCACGCUGUUCCAGGCCAUGAGCCAGGCUGCUGGGCUGCCACCCUGGCUGCAGGACCCAGAGCUCACGCUGUUACCAGAAAAACUUAUAAGCAAAUACAACUGGAUCAGGCAAUGGAAACUUGGACUGAAAUUUGAUGGGAAGAACGAGGACCUGGUUGAUAAAAUUCAAGAGUCCCUUACUCUGCUGAGGAAGAAGUGGGCAGGCUUGGCUGAAAUGAGAACUGCUGAAGCAAGACAAAUAGCUUGUGAUGAACUAUUCACAAAUGAAGAGGAGGAAUAUAGCCUCUAUGAAGCUGUAAAAUUUCUAAUGCUAAACAGAGCCAUUGAACUAUAUAAUGAUAAAGAGAAAGGAAAGGAAGUACCAUUUUUCUCUGUGCUUCUGUUUGCUCGGGACACAUCGAAUGACCCAGGACAGCUGCUGAGGAACCACCUAAACCAGGUGGGACACACUGGUGGUCUUGAACAGGUUGAAAUGUUCCUUCUUGCCUAUGCUGUGCGCCACACAAUCCAGGUGUACCGGCUCUCCAAGUACAACACGGAGGAGUUCAUCACAGUCUACCCUACCGACCCACCCAAGGACUGGCCAGUGGUAACGCUCAUUGCUGAGGACGAUCGCCACUAUAACAUCCCUGUCAGAGUGUGUGAGGAGACCAGUCUGUGAGAGACGCAUGCUCCUGACAGCCUGGUGAUGUGGCUAAGAUGCAUAGGUGGCUCCUGGGCUUGGGCUGCAGGCCUGAGAGGUCUCUAAGAACAAUCUCUGAGAACCCUUGGGCCCCUGGGAACCAAGUUGGACAGGAUGUCCUGAAGAUGAUUAGCUUUUGAUAAGAGAAAUUAAUAAGUCUUUCCCCUCAUCUAUGAUGCAAUAUAUUUCAGUGGGGGCCUUCAGAGCACACCUGUUGGACAGUGCAAACUAUAUCUUUUCCAGAAAGCAAAUACUUUUGUAUCAGAGGAAACUAAGUUUUGGAGAGGAAUAUGUUCUUUAUAUUUCAAAUCAAAACUCUCUAUAAUGGUACACUGGCUUCUAAUUUUUUUAA